AUGGUGAAGAAAAAGAUAUUAGUAAUUUUGGAGUGUGAAACAGAACUUGAAGGGAACCCAAACCUAACUCUUCUUUAUCAAAGUCCAACGAACAGGUUUCUGCUUCAGAAAAAAAAAAUGCUCUCUCUACAAAGAAGUGUAAAGUCCAUCUCUGCUUCAAAGAGAUUCUUCUCCAAUACUCCAGCCUCAAGGCAAGUCAUCAACAGAUUUAACAACCUAAAUGGUAAAGAGGCAUCCUCUGCAAUGGCAAAGGAUUAUCAUGUCAUUGACCAUGAAUACGACUGUGUUGUUGUUGGUGCAGGUGGUGCUGGUCUUAGGGCUGCGUUUGGGUUAGUCAAGGAGGGUUUUAAAGUUGCAUGUAUUUCCAAGUUGUUCCCAACCAGAUCUCACACUGUUGCAGCUCAAGGUGGUAUCAAUGCAGCCUUAGGUAACAUGCAUAAGGAUGAUUGGCAUUGGCACAUGUAUGAUACCGUCAAAGGUUCUGAUUGGUUAGGUGAUCAAGAUGCUAUUCAUUAUAUGACCAGAGAAGCUCCACCUUCGAUUAUCGAAUUAGAACAUUACGGUUUGCCAUUCUCAAGAAAUAAGGAAGGUAAGAUUUACCAGAGAGCGUUUGGUGGUCAAACCAAAGACUACGGUAAGGGUGGCCAGGCAUACAGAACUUGUGCAGUUGCUGACAGAACCGGUCAUGCCUUAUUACACACUCUUUAUGGUCAAUCUUUAAGAUACGACACUCAUUAUUUCAUUGAAUUCUUUGCUCUGGAUUUGUUGAAGCACAAUGGCGAAAUUGUAGGUUGUAUUGCAUACAAUCAAGAAGAUGGUACUCUUCAUAGAUUCAAGGCUCACAAGACUAUCAUUGCUACUGGUGGUUCUGGUAGAGCUUACUUCUCCUGUACUUCUGCCCACACCUGUACUGGUGAUGGUUCAGCAAUGGUUGCUAGAGCAGGUUACCCAUUGGAAGAUAUGGAAUUCAUCCAAUUCCAUCCUUCCGGUAUCUACGGUUCCGGUUGUCUAAUCACUGAAGGUGCAAGAGGUGAAGGUGGUUACUUGAUCAACUCUGAAGGUGAAAGAUUUAUGGAAAGAUAUGCUCCACAUGCUAAGGAUUUAGCUUGUAGAGAUGUUGUCUCUAGAGCUAUCACUAUGGAAAUCAAUGCAGGUAGAGGUGUUGGUCCAGAAAAGGAUCACAUGUACUUACAAUUGUCUCAUCUACCACCUUCUGUCCUACAAGAAAGAUUGCCAGGUAUUUCAGAAACCGCAAAGAUUUUCGCUGGUGUUGAUGUUACCAAGGAGCCAAUUCCAAUUAUACCAACUGUUCAUUACAAUAUGGGUGGUAUUCCAACCAAGUGGUCUGGUGAAGCUUUGACUGUCAAUGAAAAGGGUGAAGACGUUGUCAUUCCAGGUCUUUAUGCAUGUGGUGAAGCUGCAUGUGCGUCAGUUCAUGGUGCUAACAGAUUGGGUGCUAACUCCUUAUUAGAUUUAGUUGUCUUUGGUAGAGCAGUUGCUCACUCCAUUGCUGCUGAACUGAAACCAGGUACUCCACACAAGGAAUUGCCAGCAGAUAUUGGUUUCGAAUCUAUUGCAAACUUGGAUAAACUAAGAAACGCUAGCGGUAGCACUCCUACUGCUGAAUUGAGAUUGGAAAUGCAAAAGGCUAUGCAAAAACACGUUGCUGUUUUCAGAACUCAAGAUAACUUGGACGCUGGUGUUUCCGAACUUGAAAGAAUUGACGCAAAGUUUGCCGACAUUAAGACCACCGAUAGAUCAAUGAUUUGGAACACUGACUUGACUGAAACUCUAGAACUACAAAAUUUGUUGACCUGUGCUAAGCAAAUUGCAACUUCUGCAGCAGCAAGAAAGGAAUCAAGAGGUGCUCAUGCAAGAGAUGACUAUCCAAACAGAGACGACGAAAACUGGCAAAAGCACACCUUGUCUUGGCAAACAAAGACAGGCGAGCCAGUCAAGUUAGGUUACAGAAAGGUUAUCACCACGACAUUAGAUGAAGCAGAAUGUAAGCCUGUUCCACCAACUGUUAGAGCUUACUAG